UCUCCCCCUGAGCUGGGCUAUGCCCCUGGUGUCUGGGCUGAGCGCUUGCGAAUCUCUCAGAAAUGGCAGGACAUCAUCAAGGAGGUGAAGUUCCUGCAGAAGCUGCGACACCCCAACACCAUCGAGUACAAGGGCUGCUACCUGCGGGAGCACACAGCCUGGCUGGUGAUGGAGUACUGCCUGGGCUCCGCCUCCGACCUGCUGGAGGUGCACAAGAAGCCACUGCAGGAGGUGGAGAUCGCGGCCAUCACCCAUGGGGCACUGCAGGGCCUGGCGUACCUCCACUGUCACAACAUGAUCCACAGGGACGUGAAGGCUGGGAACAUCCUGCUGACGGAGCCAGGGCAGGUGAAACUCGGGGACUUCGGCUCGGCAUCAAUCAUUGCCCCCGCCAACUCCUUUGUGGGCACGCCGUACUGGAUGGCCCCUGAAGUGAUCCUGGCCAUGGACGAGGGGCAGUACGACGGGAAGGUGGACGUCUGGUCGCUUGGCAUCACCUGCAUUGAGUUGGCGGAGCGCAAGCCUCCUCUCUUCAACAUGAAUGCAAUGAGCGCAUUGUAUCACAUCGCCCAGAACGAGUCCCCUGUGCUGCAGUCCAGCCACUGGUCCGAGUAUUUCCGGAACUUUGUAGACUCCUGCCUGCAGAAAAUCCCCCAAGACCGGCCCACCUCCGACGUGCUGCUCAAGCACCGGUUCCUCCUGCGAGAGCGGCCCCAGACGGUGAUCAUGGACCUGAUCCAGCGCACUAAGGACGCCGUGCGGGAGCUGGACAACCUGCAGUAUCGCAAGAUGAAGAAAAUCCUCUUCCAGGAGGCGCAGAACGGCCCCAAUGCCGAGGCGCCCGACGAGGAGGAGGCCAAGGCGGCGCUGGCCGAGGAGAAGAAGUUCCAGCAGCACAUCUUGGGCCAGCAGAAGAAGGAGCUGAGCAACCUGCUGGAGUGCCAGAAACGCCAGUACAAGCUGCGCAAGGAACAGCUCAAGGAGGAGCUGCAGGAGAACCAGAGCACCCCGAAGCGGGAGAAGCAGGAGUGGCUGCUGCGGCAGAAGGAGAACAUGCAGCACUACCAGGCAGAGGAGGAGGCCAACCUGCUGCGGCGGCAGCGCCAGUACCUGGAGCUGCAGUGCCGCCAGUAUAAGCGCAAGAUGCUGCUGGCCCGUCACAACCUGGACCAGGACCUGCUGCGCGAGGACCUGAACAAGAAGCAGACGCAGAAGGACCUGGAGUGCGCCAUGCUGCUGCGGCAGCACGAGUCGACGCAGGAGCUGGAGUUCCGGCACCUGCACACGGUGCAGCGCACCCGCACCGAGCUCACCCGCCUGCAGCACCAGACUGAGCUCAGCAACCAGCUGGAGUACAACAAGCGCCGCGAGCAGGAGCUGCGCCAGAAGCAUGCCAUGGAGGUCCGCCAGCAGCCCAAGAGCCUCAAAUCCAAGGAGCUGCAGAUCAAGAAGCAGUUCCAGGACACGUGUAAGAUCCAGACGCGGCAGUACAAGGCCCUGCGCAACCACCUGCUGGAGACCACGGCCAAGAGCGAGCACAAGGGCAUCCUCAAGCGGCUGAAGGACGAGCAGACGCGCAAGCUGGCCAUCCUGGCGGAGCAGUACGACCACAGCAUCAACGAGAUGCUCUCCACGCAGGCUCUGCGGCUGGACGAGACACAGGAGGCCGAGUACCAGGUGCUGCGGAUGCAGCUGCAGCAGGAGCUGGAACUGCUCAACGCCUACCAGAGCAAGAUCAAGAUCCACACGGAGGCGCAGCACGAGCGGGAGAUCAAGGAGCUGGAGCAGCGCGUUUCCAUCCGCCGGGCCCUGCUGGAGCAGAGGAUCGAGGAGGAGAUGCUGGCGCUGCAGAACGAGCGCUCCGAGCGGAUCCGCAGCCUGCUGGAGCGGCAGGCCCGGGAGAUCGAGGCCUUCGACUCAGAGAGCAUGCGGCUCGGCUUCAGUAACAUGGCGCUGACGGGCAUCCCCGCCGAGGCCUUCAACCAGGGCUACGCCGCACCCCCCCAGCCCUGGCCCUCCCGCCCUGUGCCCCGCAGCGGCUCCCACUGGAGCCACGGCGUGCAGAACACCGCCGGCGCCCCCCACGCCUGGCGCCAGCCCCCCCUGCUGGCUCCUCCCCCCUCCACCUGGCUCCACCCCCCCUCCUCCUCCGCCUCCUCGCCCGCCUCCGCCCCGGGGGGCCGGGCCAACGUGGGGAUGCUGCGGAACAGUCCCCAGCCGCUGCGGCGCACGGCCUCCGGUGGCCAGGCCGAACCGGGCAUCAGCCGCUCGGCAAGUGUCACCUCACACAUCCUCAACGGCUCGCACUACUCAUACUCCUGAGCCAGCCUGCCCCGCUGCUCCCCCUGCCAUGGGGCAGGCCCCCAACUCCAGGCUCCCUGCGAGCCACGCUCGACCCCCGGCACUGCCCGGGCUACGGGGAAAGGCCGCCCCGAGCUCUCUCCUCGUGCCCCAUGGAGAGAGACUCCCCACCGGUGUUCUUGCGGGGCCAGCCAAACCCUGCCCUGACCCGGGAGGGGGCCAGCCCUGCGCCCGUGUCUGCUCCCCUGUCCAUGCUGACACCCCCAAAUCCACACAGGAACACACCAGUCCCCUUCCCAGCCCCUCAUCCCCCCCCCCACACACACACACACAGAGGAACAUUUGAUCUUUGUUUUCAAAUCUUGUUUUUUUCUUAAUUUCCUUCCCUCUUUCUGUCACUGGGGGCUGGGAACUCAGAUGCCUAGAUUCUCUCCCUGGCUCUGAGAGGGGAAGAGGGGCUGGUGGGUUAGAGCAGAGGGGGCUGGGAGCCAG